AUGGAAAGACGCCCACAUGACAGUGGUUCUGAAGAAGAAGGGCCGUACGUGUUCCCUGACGAGGCGUUUGGCGCACAAGAGGAGAACGAAGAUGCGUACUCGGUGUUACCUUCGUUCGAUCCUGAGACACAUGCUGUUCCAGAGGAGCCUGGUGCUGCAAAGGAGGAUGCAUUUGAUGAUUACGCCUACGGAGAGGGGAAUGGCGGAAUCUCCGAAGCUGGGAUGGAAGAAAAUAUGCCGCCGGUUGGCAGUGACGACGUGGAGUUCGGCAUUGCAGGUGGACCCGAAGGUGAAGGGGAUGAGUUUCCUGAUACAUUGAUCGAUAAGGACGAAAUGGUCGAGACUUCAGACGACCAAGAUAUACUUGGCUCUCCGCACUCGAGUUUCUCGUAUGACGACACGCUGAGCGAGCAUGAGAUUGACGGGUUGACCAACUAUAAUAUAAUUCUUGAGUAUCCUCAGUUGACUUUUGAAAACGUGCAAUUACUACCCUUUGUUGAAGAGUUGAACGAUUGGUUCAGUUACAAAGACUUGAAGCAUCUGAAAACAAUAUCUCAGAUAGCUGUCAACAUAUCUGUCGACGACCUACCGUCGAUAAGAGAUAAUCUAUGCAGUUUUUUCGAUGAUGGGAACCUCAAAGACAACUCGUAUGGAAAGGUUCUUGAGUCUUUGUUGCAUCUAUCGUACAUUGCCAUGGGUUGUUUCAACAACGCGUCUAGUCAGCUGGACAUGAAAAAUCACAUAUUUGAGAAUGUGGUCCAUAUCAUCAAUUGCGAAGGAUUGAUACCAAUUGUGGUUGAUAUCGUGCUAUUCAACGCCAUCCAGUUGACGGACUGCGCUAAUUUAGAGUCCAAGGUCAGUUUCAUCAAACAGAAAUUGCUAUCCAGCCAGUUCUUUUUUGCGCUGACUGUUCUAUACAUUGUUGUGUUGUCUUUCAAUUCUGAAGAGUUGAAUGAGUACAAUAAGAAGACAGCGUUGUCGGAUAUUUUUGCAGAAAAGAAUAUAAUGGUCGUAAUCCUCAAGGCCAUUGACAGAUGGAAAUGGAUCUCCAGCAAUUGUGAGAAUGACGACCCCACGUUAGUUGUAGAAUCGAUGAAUUCCAAGGCCAACGAUAGUGAAAAGAGGCAGGUCCUGGUAAUUACACAGUUCAAGAUUCGAAACGUUUUGAGUUUUUUCAACAACCUCAUUAUCUUUCAGUUUGGGGACUUGAAUCAUAUUGAAUCAACCAAAGACUUCCUCAAAUAUAAAUUUAAGACCUCCAAAACAAAAGAAAAAAGUACUGACGACAAGAGUCAAGCUAAAAACGCAAACAGAACUAACGGCGCUGACGCUAAGCAAAAAGAGGAUGUUGAUUCGUCCACUAAAAGCGAAAAUGAAGUCGACGAUAUGUCCUAUACGAUUUCUUCCCUUGAUUACGAAUACUACGUUAAUGAACUAAUGUCUCGCUAUCCAACUUACUCUCCGCCAAAAUAUGAGAUUUCAGAAAUCUUGGAAAUGAUGAUCAAGAAUGAAGGCAGAGAUCGGAUUUCCGACCUGAUUAAUGUGGACUCGCUUCUUAUUAACCAACACCAACACUUGAAAAAUAGCAAGCACAGCAUGGCUGGUUUUGCUAACGAGCCGCCGGACGUCCACAUAGCUACCCCGAUGCCCUCACCAACUCUUACUCCCCAACAUACUGGUAAUACAAGAAACUACUCCAACAUUUCUGAAUUCGAGCACACUUCUAAUGAAAUAAAAAAGAAGCUGUAUAUCACACAAUCAAACUUUCCUAAUAUAUACCCAUCUGAUGACAGUGUUCCUGCGAGUAUCAGGCACGCAACAAGCAUUUUUUUCCACCAUAUCAAAGAUAAUGCCAACACUCAACAAUUUGUUUCCGUCUUUGAGGAAUUUAUAAAAAAAGAAAAUGGCUACCCUCCAAAGAAGGAAGAUAAACAGGCUAAUUAUGUGUACACGAAGAAAGACAUCAAUGAGAACCCGAUGUUUGAGGAUGAGAUACGCAGUUUGAUAAACGUCGAAAAUUUCUACAAACAAGGUAUACCAUACUUCAAUUCAUUGAUUUUCAUCAUCCUGAAACUGCUAAUUUCAAAUACUAUUCCUACUCAGCAGAGUACUGAGAGUGGUAAGACCAGACAGAGGACGCCAUACACAUCGAAGAACAGUGAAGAUGAGAAACCGUAUCUCAGCGAGAAAUUGAGCACGUUUGGAAAGCAAAAACUAGAGAUCAAUAGAAUGAAAGAAACCAUGUUAAAAUCAUCGUCAUCCAUUUUGCUCAUGUUACAGAAAUGGUUCAAAUUGUCGCAUGUUUUGAAAUUCGAAUUCUUUACUACUCUACUAUUCGAUCAAGAAUUUUUGAUCUAUUUGUUCAGAUACUUGGACAGUAACAAGAUCCAAGCUCAUGCUGGAAAAGAUUUUGACAUCAAAGAAACCAAAAGUUUAAUCAAUAACCGAAUCGUGUAUUGCGACUACAAUGUACUAUACUACCUCGAGGACUACAAUUUCUUUUUCAAGUGUCUAACGCUCUCCAAAAACCCCAACAAAGAGUAUGAGAAAGUUGAUGAGCUGGCUGAUUUCAACUCCAUCUUUGAGAAUGUAGAAAACAGUGAAGCCAUGAACCCGCUCUCCUUCAUACUACCGUUUGUUCCACACAAUCGCGUAUUCACCAUAGUGAACCCAAACCAACGGUGCUGCAUAUUGAUGGCCAACUUGCUGCAAUCAAUGUAUUAUACAAUAAGCCAGUUCAAAAUUCAGAGAAUCUACAAGCUUAUUGGCGUGAGACCUACCGAGAUCUUGAGGUUUUACCUCACCCUUCACAACAAGCUUUUUUACCUUCCUAUUUUGAAAACGAUAAAGCUGUUGUCCCCAUUCAUAGGCAAGAAAUGGAGAGCUAACAACAUGGACUUGAUCUCAUUUGUGUACUUGUUUCAUAAAAUUGGAUUGAAAGACCCGUGGUUGAACAACUUCUUCAAUGUCGGUAUUGAAGAAAAUACGAAACGAGGGUUUGACAACGAGGUGUCGUUGAGGUCAAUGAUCAAGUUUUACAACUAUGAGUACUACGGGGACGAGUUGUCUAAGCACGGCUUCUCGAAAGACUGCGUGGAGUUCAUGGAUGAGGUCGAAAAGCUCAACGGUGACUUCUUUGCCAAAGAAUGCUUCGAUCUGGGUGUAUAG